AUGAACUCCAACAGAGCUGCUCCCAAUGGCAAUCAUGCCACCGUCGAGUACCCCAGCGGCCCUGUCGCAAAGGCAAAGAAGACCAAGUCAGUCAAAAAUGGCGGCUUGAUGCAGCUGUACCGUGCCUCUCGUCGGCCUCUUCCCAAUGAGAUGGGAGAUGGCACAUACAAAAAGGUCAUCAACAGGCCGACUCUAAUGCAGGAUCUAAGCACAAUUACCUUCUCAGGCAAGUACCAAAGGCGGCUUUCUGACCUAAAGACACUCAAAGCAAUUAUCGUCUCGAAGCUAAAAGGCGAAACGCAAUCCGAUGACAAGACAAUGAUCAUGGAGAAGACCAUCAAAUUGGUAGCUGCGCUGCCCAAUGGCUCCAAGCGACAAGAGGUGCUCACCAACAUGUUCAUUGACGAGCUGUGGUAUUCCCUUGAUCAUCCCCCAUUGUUGUACAUGGGAGACGAGUUUCGUUUCCGCCAAGCUGAUGGAUCCAACAAUAACCCUCUCAUGCCCAAACUUGGCGCGGCUGGGACUCCUUACUCGCGCUCAGUCAGACCCGGAGUCGUGCCUCUGGGGGCUCUGCCGGAUCCUGAAGCUGUUUUCGAAUCCGUCAUGGCCAGAGACAAGUUUAUUAAGAACCCUAACAAUGUCUCGAGCAUUCUCUGGUACUGGGCUACUAUUAUCAUCCACGACUUAUUUUGGACCAACGAAAGAGAUGCCAAUAUCAACGAUUCGUCGUCGUACCUCGAUUUGGCUCCUCUGUACGGCCAUAGUCAAGAAAUGCAGAAUACUAUCCGCACAUUCAAGGAUGGUAUGCUGAAGCCGGACGCUUUUGCCGAUAAGAGACUACUUGGUAUGCCUCCCGGUGUCUGCGUUCUUCUGGUCAUGUUCAACCGCUUCCACAACUACAUCGCCACCAACCUGGCCGCUAUCAACGAAGGCAACAGGUUUGCCAAGCCUCCUUCUCACCUUCAGGGAGAUGCCGCGGCUGCAGCUUGGAAGAAGUACGACGAAGAGCUCUUCCAGACCGCUCGCUUGGUGACUUCUGGUUUGUACAUCAACAUCACUCUUGUUGACUACGUGCGAAACAUUAUCAAUUUGAACCGAGUUGAUACCGAGUGGACUCUGGACCCUCGCCAGGAGGCCGGCACGGAUGUUGGAACUACCAAGGGCUCAGAACGAGGAGUCGGAAACAGCGUCUCUGCCGAGUUCAACAUCUGUUAUCGCUGGCACUCUUGCAUCUCCGAAAUGGACGAAGAGUGGAUGCACAACUUCUAUGACGAGCUUUUGGGCGAAGACUUGGGCACCAUGGACAUGCGCAAGCUCAUGAUGGCGCUCCACAAGUACAUGAUGAGCAUCCCCAAGGAUCCUGCCGACUGCGUGUUUGGUGGAUACACUCGCGGUACCGACGGACGUUUCGAUGAUGACGAUCUCGUCGACUGCAUUUCCACAGCCAUUGAGCAGCCAGGAGGCUCAUUCGGCGCUCGCAACGUACCUCGUAUUCUCAAGCCUAUAGAGAUGCUGGGCAUCAUCCGCGGCCGAAAGUGGAAUCUUGCGGGCUUGAACGAGUUCCGCAAGCACUUUGGUCUCAAGUCCUAUGACACCUUUGAGGAGAUCAACUCUGAUCCCCAGGUUGCUGACUCUUUGCGUAACUUGUACCAGCAUCCUGACUACGUUGAGCUCUACCCGGGUAUGGUUGCUGAGGAGGCCAAGACGCCCAUGGUGCCUGGUGUUGGUAUUGCGCCCACUUACACCAUUUCCCGAGUCGUCUUGUCUGAUGCCGUCUCGCUUGUGCGUGGUGACAGACAUUACACCACCGACUACAAUCCUCAAUACCUCACUCACUGGGGUUUCAAUGAGGUCGCCUAUGAUCUCAAGGUCAACCAUGGCUGUGUCUUCUACAAGCUGUUCAUUCGGGCAUUCCCCAACCACUUCAAGCAGGACUCCGUUUACGCCCACUAUCCCAUGGUCAUCCCUCAGGAGAAUCGCAAGAUCCUCACCAGCUUGAACCGUGUCCACCGCUUCAGCUUUGAGCGCCCACGAGCUGCUACUCCUGGAGUUGAAGUCACAUCCAUCGGCGGUUUCAAGCACGUCUUCUCCAACGCCGACAAGUACAAUAUCCAGUGGAAGGAAGGCCUUGAGAUCCUUACUGGUCGCAACGGCCGGUACAUGCAGGCCAGUGACCGCAAGACGCUCGAGUCUCUUCUCUACAAGGACAAUUGGAGGAACGUCGUCAAGGCGUUCUAUGCAAAGACCGCGGAGAAGCUCUUGGCAGAAAAGUCGUACACCAUUAUGGGCAAGAAGCAUAUCGACGUCGUCCGUGAUCUUGGCAACACAGCUCACACUCACUAUGCUGCGCAGAUCUUUAACAUUCCUCUCAAGACGCAGGAGAACCCCAAGGGUGUCUUCUCCGAGCAAGAGCUGUAUGCUGCUUUGGCUGCCAUUUUCACCACAAUCUUCCUUGAUAUCGACCCUGUUAAAUCUUUCCCUCUUCGCCAGAAGACGAAGGAGGUUGCCGACGCGCUCGGAGCGUCAAUUGAGACGACCAUCAAGUACACCAAGUCCUUUGGUCUGCGCCUAUUCACCGGCAGUACCAAGGAUGACCCUCUGUCCACCGCCGGUGUCAAUGCCGUUAAGGGUCUGGCCAAGUCUGGCCUGAAUGCUCAUGACAUUGCUUGGGGACUUAUCCUCCCUACCGCGGCUGCUACUGUGCCAUCUCAAGGCCGGCUGUUUGCCCAAGCUCUUGACUGGUACCUCUCUACCGAGGGCGCUCCCUACGUCGAUGAUAUCCACAUCUUGGCCAAUCAGGAGCCCAGCCCCGAGGUUGACUCCCUCCUCCUCGGUUUUGCCAUGGAGGGUGUCCGUAUGGCCGGCGCCUUCAGCAUGCACCAGGUUUCCACCGGCACCGAUACCAUCACUGAAGAUGACGGACGCAGAGUCAACGUCAACCAAGGCGACAAGGUCUUCGCCUCCUUUGUGUCUGGUGCCCGCGAUCCUACCCAUUUCCCCAACCCUGAAACCGUCGACCCUCAUCGCCCUCUCGAGUCGUAUAUCCAGUUCGGUGCCGGCACUCACACUGCGGUGGGUAAAGAGGUCAGCCAGCUUGCACUGGUGGAACUCUUCCGCGCCAUUUUCAAGAAGCAGGGCCUGAAGAAGGUCGUGGGACCUCAGGGUGAGUUGAAGAAGGUCGCCAGGCAGGGGGGUCUCAGCGAGUACCUUACUGAGAACUGGGGCACUUUUUCGCCUUUCCCCCUGUCUAUGAAAGUUACUUGGGAUAAUUAG